AUGGCUUUCGAUUUCAUAAAACAUCUAAAACCAGAUGUGGAGAUUUUCUUUCAGGACCCUGCAGAUAUUUUGAAAAAACACCUUAAACAGGUAAUACAGAUCCUUGAAUUUCAGCAAAAGCACAAGCAGCUCCUUGCAUCUCAUCGGAAACAAGAGAUAUUGAAACAGAACAGUAUGCUGGCUGAAGCCAGGAAGCGAUCCGAGACGCUUGACAUCUUAGAGAGGGAGAUUAAAUUACUUACUGAAGAAAACAACCACUUACGAAGUCUACUUGAAGAAUCUCCUGUAAAAAGAAGGUGUGGAACACCUGGACGUAUCCUUCAGAGGACUUCGCCUUUGAACCCUGGAAUGGCAUCAAGAUCUGUAACACCUUCACCAAUCCUCAAUUCUCCUUACACCCUCACCAGUAAGUUAAACAGGUCCCAGGAUGGGAAUCAUACUCCACAGAUGAUAAGAACACCUCAAGGACCAGCAAGGAUCAGUCUACGAACCCCUCCCAUCAAUGGUAGAUUGGGAACGACACCAGGAAAUUCAGGAACAAGGAAAACACCAUCAGGUUACCCAAAACGGCCUAGCACCACACCUGGUAGGCUAUUGGCUCCAACAACACCUGGCCUCAAUAAGACAUCUUCACCUAUGAUAACUAGUCCGAUGUAUAACAGAAGUGGUGGUGAUGGUUUCAAUGUCAGUGGAAGAGAUCAUAUUUCAUCUUCACAGAGCCAAUUUUCACAAAUGAAGCGCUACAUGAUGGAUAAUCGGCAACAUACACCAAAAUAUGGUGAUACAAACAAGAAACCAAUACAGCUGAGUAACACUCGCCAUCAACCGUUAAUUUCUACGCCUUUGUCAAGUCAGAUACCAAGAAUGUAAGGGCAUUUUUAAUCUAGUAAAAUUGUGAUGACUGGACUCGUAACCUGAAAAACAUUCCAAUAAUUUGUAAUGGGUAGAAAAUGUGGAGGUGGUUCGUCCUCAUUAAGAGUUAAUUAGUGACAAGCAAGUAGUUAUAAUUUCAGAGAAUCCCCCUGAAUGACGAACGUCAUGUUUUAUUGAGGAACAGAUGGUUAGCAUGGCUUGUCAAACACUUUGCUUUUUAUGAUUUACAGUAGUGUACUGUUGUUUGGGACGCUCCAAGGCAUUUCAGUUUUAUUUUCCUGUUGAUGUUUAACUUGCACAGCUAAAGCCAC